AUGAAUUAAAUUAUUACAUCCAACUUUCCAUCCUUCAUUUUUGAUAAGCAAUUCAAGGCUCUCCAAUUCUCAUCACCCUAUUAACAAAUUAGUUAGAUUUAUGAUAGAUUUCUGCAUUGUCCUGAUAAUCUCCGCAUGAUGCUUAAGAUAAUCCCUUAGACAGAUGAAAAUUAGCCAAAUAUUUAAUAUGAUGAUAAAAUUUAAAGAAUCUUCUUUGUUGACUUUAUUAAUUCAAGUUAACAGUAGGAUCAAAUUGAUUUUAAAUUCAUAAUCCCUCUUAAUUAAAUUUAUAAUAACUUAUUUCUUAUGCCAUUGGUUUCAUUCAACAUAGAAAUCAAUCUAAAAUACGGAUAGGCUUUGUACCUAGCCAAUUCUCAAUGUGAUUGGGUUGUAGACAAAAUGUGUCGGAUGACUUGUGCCUAGGUAAAUAAUAUCAGUAAAAUUUGUAGGAUUCUUUCUGGUAAUUGUCAUUGGAGGUCAAUCAAAAUCCUUUCGAAUACAAAUAUGCAAUUGGAGAUUACUUUCUGUAGAAUUAAAGCAAUCUUUAGUGGGAGAGGGGUCCGAAUCGAAUUUUGAAUUGGAACACUGAAAAAUGCAUUACUCUAAGUAUCAACUAGCUUUUAUGAUAGAAAACAAAUGGGAACAAAGGAAAAUUUUCCUUUUUUUGUAGGCCAAUUCCAAAACGUCUGUCGCCAUCUUGAUGAGCAAUUCUAAUUCACUGCAAAAAAGAUUAAAAUAAAAUAAAGAUAUAAAUAAUGACUCGAAACUCUUUUGCACAAGUCUAUAUGUCGAUGUAAAUGAAAUCGCCUAAGGGAUAGAAAUUUAAUAUUACCUUCUGAUGAAGAAGAAAUGUAUAAAAAAAAUAUAAAUUUCAAGAUCCAUGCGAACUCAUUAGUAAACCUAUAAAUUUGAAUCUUUCUGAUUAAUUUUGGUUUCAUUCAAAUGAACUGGAAUUCUCAAUACUUUCAUUGUGA